UUUGUUGUCGCUUGAAUUACGAAAGACGAACUUUUAUUUAUAAAAUUGCACGUUUAUCUAUUAAUAAACCCUAGUCAUUGCUUUUAGAACACCUCUCGCAGACGUCUGAAGCGAGCAAAACUUGUGUUUAUAUAGUACACCGCGUAAAUCGCGUGGAAAAUGCGUUAUGAAAACAGUGUCUGCGUAAAUAAAAUAAUUACAUUUUUAUCAAAAACUAUCAUAUUUCAUCAAAGUUCAUAACAACAAUGUGUUGGAAAUGAUACGGGACAUAUUUUUUACCUGUGCAUCAAAUCUGUGGUCUAAAUUUGAUGUACAUACAGACAUUUCGAUAAGAUCGUUAUCUGAUGUUUUGGUACUGAUUAAAAGUUCUAAAAGCGCUAAUCUCUCGUGAAUUCAGCGAUAAUCUUCUCAAAUAUGUUGUGCUAAUAGUUUGUGUGUCCUCGUUGCAUUACAAUAUUAGUGUUUUAGUGUUAAGAAGUUGUGUACACCGUAAAAAUGCCUGGAAAAAUAAAGGUAAAAGUACUGGCGGGUAGAAAUUUGCCUGUCAUGGACAGAGCUAGUGAUACAACGGAUGCUUUUGUGGAGAUAAAGUUUGGAGGGAUCACCCAUAAGACUGAUGUGUGCAGGAAGUCCUUGAACCCACACUGGAGUAGUACAGAAUGGUAUAGGUUUGAGGUCGACGAAUCAGAACUACAAGAUGAGCCGUUACAGCUUCGUCUAAUGGACCACGACACGUACUCCGCUAAUGAUGCAAUUGGAAAAGUUGUCAUAAGUUUAGCACCCCUUCUUGCGAGAGAGGCUAUCAAUGCAAAGAGUACCGCCGGGGGGCACGGAGGUGCGGUGCUCUCCGGCUGGAUCCCGGUGUUCGACACGAUGCACGGCAUUCGCGGCGAGCUGAACGUGAUCGUCAAAGUGGAAUUGUUCUCGGACUUCAACAAGUACAAGACUUCCAGCUGCGGCGUGCAAUUCUUCCAUUGUCCAAUGAUACCCCCCGGCUACAAAGCGACAUCCAUCCACGGUUUCGUCGAGGAGUUGGUGGUGAACGAUGACCCGGAAUACCAGUGGAUCGACAAGAUACGCACGCCCAGGGCCUCCAAUGAGGCUAGGCAGGUGGCCUUCAUCAAACUUAGCAACCAGGUACAACGGCUAGUUGGUCUAAAAGCGGCGGAACUAGGGGCCAAUGCCGUGGUGGGGUACCAACAAGACUUCGACUUGGAAGGGGAGGCCGGUGUAGUCGCCAGGGCUAUCGGUACUGCCGUCAGCAUAACACCACUCCCGACUCCUAGUCAACCGAUCAACUUACCACCUUGCACCCAGCAACAGCUAAGAAAGUACUUGGACAUUUUGUCGACCGAUACGGAGAGUAUAACUGAUGUAAACGAAUAUUUUCAUACGCAUCCCGAAGAAUUACAAAGAUUUCUCAGUAUUCUCAACCCCAGAACAUCUUCUCUCUUCGAUGAUCAGGAUAUUAUUGACGAUGAUGAAAAAAGCGCAGAACUAACGAGACAAUCCAGUGUUAAAAGUUACGCAGGAACUGUUUCCUUAUAUCAAGAUGAUUUUAUAUCUAAUAAAAGUCUGAGACACAUUCAUGACGAUCAGACUGACUUGAACAAAUUACUCAAUCGUAGUGACGGCGAUGGAGACUCUGAUACGAGUAGCCCUCUUAAAAAGAUAAAGAAAUUUAAACCAAACAUGUUUUUUAAACGUCUCAGCAGCGUUCGUUCGCGUAAAUCAGAUAAGCAAGACGAUUCUGUUUCAAUACAAUCUAAUUCGUCUGAUACCUCGAAAAUAUCUCUGAUUGACAUUAAAAAUGAGUUCAGAAAAUUGAGAAAGUUAAAGAAACCUAAAUUUAAGAAGGCUUUCGUAAAUAAAUUAGAUGAAGGCGUCGGUAUGGCGUCUAUUCUGGCAAGAUCCGUCAUUCAUGCUCAUACCAGUUUAGCCUGUAUUGCUGAAACUCAAGAUUCUGAGCCAUCUCCCAAUUCCACUAUAAGGCGGACUAGUGAAUCGGAACCUCAAAUUAAUAUAUCUGAUGAGGACAAAGCAAAAAAAUCUAAUACCGAAACACAAGAUAACAAAUCUGAAAAGAAAAUUCCUGAACUUAUGUUUUCUUCUCUAACAAAUAUUACCGAUGACAAUCCAGAAACAGUACAACGCGAGAGGAAAAUAUCUGAAUCAUGUCCAACAACCCCCGUAGGAGUUAGAAGUGAUGCCCUCCUAAAACCUAUAGCACCAGAUUUUCAUGGAUCUGUAUCUUCAAUACUCUCAGGAGAUAGUUCUGAAAUUUACUCUAGUUCUGAUGAAGAAGACGACGAAAGUUCAGAUCUGAGAACUGACAAUGAACGGUCUUAUGAAACAACAAGCUCAGUAGUGCAGUCUGUUUUAAGUCGAGAAAUAAAUCCGGCUCUUAUUGCACACAUGGAAAAGAAACUAAACAUACUAGAAACUUUUCCUAGACCCCAAAAUAAAUAUGAAAGUCAAGAAAGUAAAACCGAAUCUUCGGAAACUGACGAUGCGGUUGAUACCAACAGAGUUGCGAAGAUUGAACAUCUGAAUGUCCCAUCAACAUCUGGCGUCGCGGAAGCAAACACGUUUGUAGCAUCUAAAUCUAAUACUCAUCAUUUCAAGUUCCACAAUCCCUUUGCCCAUAGGAAAUCCAAAAGCGUUAGUGCCCCAUCUUCCCCGAUUGAAAGCAAAAGCUUUGUAUAUCGCUCAUCCAGACGCAUUAAACGCCAGCUUUCAAAAAUAUCUAAAAGUAAUAUGAUCAAAAGUUUGUCACAUUAUUCCCUGUUGCCAAAGAAAAAGCAUGAAGUUGUUAAACCUUUAAGUCAACCAAAUUCAAGUUCUGAUGUUACUUCAAAGGCUCCAAGUGAAACCGUAUUAGGUUCCCUUUUUCUCUCUUACGCUGACUUAAUGUCUUUAGAUAAAGAAGGGAUUGAAGCUAAACGAACGUUUCACAAAAGUGAUGAAUUACCACGUCCUAGUGUUUCCAUGUACAUUGGAUCUGAACCUGUUUCUAGAGCUUCACUGAGUGGUAGUUUAUUCCUUGACGACUCUCAUGCACAUAGACAACAUUCGAUAAAGAAAAAAGAAAAGCGAGAUAUAAAACCAUGUAGCUUGGUACAUACUGCUAUGGAGACAAUACUUAUAGAUAAAGUGCAGUCACUUCUUGCACCGACGUCUCCAGAACCAGUACCUUUAAGAGGAAAUAGUCAAUUUUUUAAUGAUGUUAAUGAAAAAUUAGAGAAAGUUGAAGAAACAAGAAAUAGGUCACCUGAGGCCACAGGAUUGAUUCACACGGCUAUGGAGACUAUUCUAUUAGAUAAAGUACAAUCUUUGCUUAUACCAUCGACUCCUGACGUGACUAAAUCUAAACAGUUCGAUUUUGAAACAAAAUCAGACAAGCUAUCAUUGAAGAAAAACUCAGAUGACAACAUAUCCAUGUUUUCUGUCAAAUCUGGUGCCAAAUCAACAUUUAUUGAUAAAAUAAAACAUUUGCUCGAACCUCAUAAAGAUCCUGAAGAGGCUCCUAACCUUAUAAAAAAUGCCGUUGAAACAAUACUUAUGGAUAAAGUGCAAACCAUUUUAGAUCCCACCAAUGAUACAGAGUCAGUACAUCAAAUUCUUGAAUACACUGAUGAAAAAUCAGAUAACAAUAAAGAAGUUAUAACGACCACUGAUAGUGAACCCAGUCUUAUAAAUACCGCAAUGGAAACAAUGCUUGUCGAGAAGGUCCAGUCAUUAAUGAUCACGCCCAAUGAAACUGCAACGGGGAACAAAAACAAAUUAGUUAGACAAAACAGCGUAGAUUCGAUCGAUUCGUGCAAAAUGUCCAAUGAAACCGUGCCAAAAACCAAGCCGGUCCUACAGCACUUUCAUCCCAUACUUAGUGGCGCACCGUUAGAGACCAUACCUUCGCUCCCUGAGAGUAGUAUUGACCAUACUGAGAGUUUAGAUAUAGAAGGUGUCGAUGAUUGUGAGACUAACAGUGCUAGUGUGUGCGAUAACUUGCAUGCAGCGUGCAAUGUUGACAGGGAUCGGGAAGUGAGAAGCGAUAAAGAUAAGGGUUCGCCGAGACACGCACGGCACGAGUCGUACGGCGGGAAAGAUCCGGCGCCACCGCCGACCAAUCAGAAUUCUUCGUUGAAUGCCACGUCGGCGCCUAUGGGGAUACAUAGGAGAUCUUCGGACUCCGAUCUUAGUGUUACGCCGAAGGGCAGCUCUCUAAACACUUCAGCGGGUAACGUGGGGAGCGGCGGUGGCGCCAUCCUACGGCCGUCUAUGAACAGCAACAACUUGGAAAUGCUGGAGUACCCGUUCUUGACCAUGACAGAGUACCCGCCUGGAUUCAUAGUGCAUAUCGGGGGCACGGUGUGCGCGCGCUCCGUGAAGCUGGUGGACGGCGGCGGCGAGAGCGCGGCGCGCGCGGCGUGGUGGGCGGAGCUGCGCACCGAGCUGCGGGCGCACGCGCGCGCGCUGCGCUGCAACGCCGUGCUGGCCUACAGCGACACCGCGCACAUAUGCGAAGACGUAUGCGUUUUAUCCGCAUCGGGUACCGCGGCGGUCAUUAACCUCGACUGUGAUUUCAACGCCGAUCUCGAACCCACUGUCACUGGUAACGGUACGAAGCCCCCAGAAGAGUCGUUGCCCCAUGACUGGUGUUCCGUGGCCCACGUGCCGUACUCCCCCGCCGCGGGGCCCUACAGGGCCGAGCUGGGGGCCUGUGGGGGGUGCCGACGAGCAAAAGUACCAGCGGUGUUGCUAGCUACCUGCGCCAAACCUUCCCGACUCGUCGCUUACCCCAAAGCGGUCACGUUGACCGCUGUAGCGGCGCGAGUUAGACGCGCGCCCCCUACCGGCGAACCCGGGGCUCGGGAUAUCUCGGACCAACUGCCGUUCUUGGAGUAUGAAUUGCAUAAGCUACUGCUUGCCAAGCUGAGGAUGCAGGGCGCAAACGCGCUGUUCAACUUACAAACGCGCGUGUCGCUGGGCGAGCGCUGCGUGGUCGCGCUGGCGAGCGGCGCGGCGCUGCGGCUGUGCGCGCUGCCGCCGCCCGCGCCGCCCACCAUCAAGGCCACAGAGAAUGAAAAGGAAGCGCUUGAAAUACAAAAAGCCCUUUGGGACACAUUUACAGCGAACAAGAUCGCUAAUGGAUAUGAUGUCGGUGUUCCGGAACACAAUACCAAUGGCGCCCUACCGGAAAUAGAGUCCGAAGAAGUGGCGCCACCUAUCUUAGAACUAAGCGCGGAUAAAGACGCGUGUGUCCUUGAAUUAGACGAGGCGGAAGAUGUUGAGACUGCCCGCAAUUUAGCAUCGCGUCGCCUUCACUCCCGUAUGCAAGUGUUCACGCCGGCGAUGAGAGCCGCCAGGAACGCACCGCCGCAUGCGUUUGCGCAGGUGUGGCGAGCGAGACUGACCCUGUCGGGUCAAGGCGGCGCGGCGUCGCCGGCGGCCGAGCGCCACGUGUCGCGGGCGCUGGACGGCGUCACGUACAAACUGCGCAGGUUGCAGCCCUGUGCGAUGCUGGCGCCGCGCUUCCAGCUGGAGCUGCCUGAGGACGAGAUCCAGCUGAUAGUGUCCGGCGCGGCGCUCCCCCUGGCGGAGCCCCCGAAGCCCGAGGGCGCCGCCCCCGGCGCGGGCGCGGGCGCGGGCGACGCGGACGACGACAUCUUCCAGCUGGACGAGGAGCCGGCCGCCGCGCCGCCCGCCGACAGCGCCGCUGCGGGCGGACAGGCCCCGACAAUGGUUUCUCUUACGUCAUUAAGCUACAUAAGCGGCGCACGCGGCACUCGGCGAGUUUGCGCUUUACGGCUGUUGUUCGUGCGAGAAACUACCGCUGUUAGAGAAUUGGGCGGCCUUAGCGGGUUCCUACAUACUUUUACUUGUGAGGUAAUGGCUAUACUCAGAGCAUACACUGCAGCCCUCGGCGGGAACGCACUGACUUCCUUCUACAUCACACAGCUCAUGUUACAAGACAACGCGCAUAAAAACCAGGGCCAAUGUCUACUCUCAGUCGGCGGCGACGUUGUUCACAUAACUUAUUAAUUAGCAAAAAUUGGAAAGACCUAGUCGGAUAAAAUUAUACGUACAUUAUUUAGAAAAAAUAAUAAUUAUAACACCUUAAAAUCGAUGGAUCACUUUUUUACUACUAACUGAGGUUGUAUUUAAGCUCCAAUGUCUAAAAACUUUGCUUGCGCGAUUUAGCGUGCUCGUAGUUAAUGGCUGAUGGCAAAGAGAUGUCGCCACAUUAAACGAUAAACGAAUGAGACUGUCAUAACGUAAUAUAAUUUAAAAUGAAUUGUAAUUGAAUGGUUUUCAAUUAAAAUUUAGCGUUUAAUGUAUUAUUAAUAUCUAAUUUAAGUUCUUGUAUGAUUUGAUGUAAUUAAAAUAUGUUUGUGCAAUUUCACUUUAUACCCAUUGUAUUAUAUACAUAAAGUCUAUAUUAUAUUUGUAAGAAGUGUUUCGGUUUUUAAAUUUUAAGCGUUUGAAUGCCGUGUACACCUUCCAGUGAUCAAAAUGCGCGUGGUUUUAAAAUUUUAUGAAAUUUUACUUAUUUUCUGAAAGGAUAAGCAGAGAUUAUGGAUCUUCGCCAAAUCGAGAAUUGAACAUCGAAAAAUGUAAAUUUACAACUAGAUUAAGCACGCGACUUCGCCCGCAUAAAACAAAUAAAAAUCCAUAUAUUUUUUGUUACCGUGUUAAUUUUGUAAAAUCGUCACUAGACCACAUAAGGACCUUGCAUGUCAAAUUUCAAAUCUCCCAGCGGUUUGGGGAUCGUUUUGAUAUGUCAGUCAAUUAAUCAGCGUUUUAUUUACGAGAUAUUUAAGGCCCCUAUACACUUGGCGUCUUUCGAGCGUCGUUUUUCUAAUGCUUACAUGUGUGUACCUACCAAGGCGUCGACGCUUAGUGUGGAGGGGCUCUAAAUGUUAGCGAUGUUUAACAAUAAAUAUCUGCUCAAUGAGAACUAUUGAUUCAUGAUAAAAGUUAUGGCCUAAACUAUAAGGUGUUAAUUUGUGUUCUAAUUAACUGUAAAGUUUAAAAAAUGUACGUAAGUGGCAGAAUAGUGACGUUAAAUUCUAUUUAGUUCGAUGAUUUUUUUAAAAUUAAUAAUUUAAAGGUGUACACAUUUCAAAUUAUGUAAGUUAUGCAUGUAAUGAAUUGUAUUUUUAUAUAAAAAUCUAAUGAUAUCUUAAUGAAGUUUGUAUAAUAAAAUAUUGUUUUUUUUUCAUCAUCAUCAUCAUUUCUGGACAAAACUUUAUUGUGCUGCCAUCUGGUGUUCAAUAUUUUUCAAUACUCUCAUUUGGUUGGCAAAUGAAUGAAUGAAUUAAUACAUUCAUGUCAAGAAAAAGAUUUUUCAUUAAUAGUAGUUCAGUAUUUAAAUGUUGCUAAUUUUUUUAUUAUUGUUUUUUUUUUAUUUGCAUGAAAAAAACUUCACAAAUUUUAUCUGCUCAAGUUUAAAAUGCAAUUUUGUCUUGCCGUAGCGUUAAUUUUUUAAUAUUUAAAAUAUAAUUUCGUGAGGGAGAUUUAUGAAAUAUUUAUGAAUUUAUAUAAAGUUAUUUCAAUCGAAAGUUCAUAAAAGUACGUAACGGAUAAAAAUUCUUUUUAUUAUUCGGACAGAAGAAAUAAAGUUCUCCAAAGCAAUCAUUCGUUUUACAUCUGUUAUGUUAUUAAUUUUCUUACGUCCAGUAAAGAGUUUACACACAAACAGACAGAAUAUUCUAUCAUUAAGCCAAAUAGCUGAACGUGGCCAUUCAGUCUUUUCAAGACUGUUGGCUCUGCCUACCCCGCAAGGGAUAUAGACGUGACCAUAUGCAUGUAUGUAGACAGACAUUUUGUUUAGAUAUUUUACCUGUAAUUUACACAUCCCACCUUUUCGUAGUUAAAACCUUUUAUAAUAAUACCUACUGUAUUUAAUGUUAGUUUUUUUUUACAUUAGAAAGUCUAAACAUCAGUUAAUAAUUCGAGUGCAUUUUAUAACGUAAACUUUUUUAAUAUCACUAGUUAGUUGAUGUACUCGGGCAAUGUAAAAAUAACAUAAAAUAAAUUACACACACCACGAUAUUGUACGUAAAUAAGAAUAUGAUAACAUUUCGUAAUAAAUUUCUGAAAUGUUAUCCUUGUAAACUGCAAAAAAUGAUUAGAUUACGAGUAAAAUCUAUCUUCUGAUACCCAAAUGGGACAAUUGAUCAAUGACCUGCAUUAAUAAAGUAAAUAUUAUGAAAGACAAAAAAAAAUAUAAGCAUUUUUCAUUUACAUUUAGAUUAUCAAAAUGUCUUUACUAUAAUUAGCGAAAUUCCUAUGCGUAGAAGUAUUAAAAUCCUGGCUUACAAUGUAUAAGAAUAUAUAGAUGUAUAUUUUACUGAAUGUAUUUACAAAUUUGAAUCAAUUUAUCGGUGUUUUAUCAGGUUAAUGUCUCCCGGUUAGUGUAUAUAUAUAUAUAUAUAUAUGGUGCUAUCGUAUGAUCUAUCGCAUGAAAUGAAAUUCGUUUUUGAAAUAAAUUGGACUAUGUUUGGACAAGUUGGUGUAGAAAAGGUUUCAGUGGUUCUGUGGGCAAAAAAAGAUGUUUCAAAUAGCACAGGUCGAGUUUAAUAUAACCGCCAAGCCUAGUAAUAUAUAGAGCCUGUAGCUUGACAAAACUACUGCUGUCUCAUUUCACGUCAUAAUAAAAAGCGAAACAGCGAUAGUUUUUCGCGCGAUAAUAACAGCGUCGCGCGUGUCAUGUACGGAGGCUGAACACCUAUUAUAAUUUAAAAAGGAGUGGCAAAGUUAUUGGCGUAAAAUUUUAUAUCAAAAAAUUGUUAUUAGAUAUCCGAUUUAUUUCAAAAACUACUCUGUUGUACUUACUGUUUCCUAUCAGUGAUUCUACAUUGUAUCUUUAGUGUUUUUACAAACUAUAAGUAAUAAUUCGAUUGAGAAUUACCACAGUAUCUUUAUUUACCGUACUGUCAUAUAAUCGUUCCUCUUUCCCGUGGGGUAAGACAGAGACUACAUCUGUCCACUUGCUACGCUCCCUGCAUAUUUCUGUUACAUUAAUGCAAGCUCGUUUAGGUAGUCUUGACCUGACCUUUGAAUUUCUGUUAGUAUAUUAUUAUAUUGUUGUUAAAAACACAGUGACUUGCCGCUUUUUAUUUAAUUAUCUAGUUCCUUUAUUUGCCGGCUGACAGGAAGAGAUCCCUUCAUGGGAUAAGUCCGCCAUUGCAAGUGAUUUAUUUCUUUUAUAACUAUGUACUAUUUCUUGUAACUGUGUAAAUUUCUGUGCAAUAAAGAUAUUACAAACAAACAAUUUUUUUUACAAGAACGUUCCCAAUUUGAUUAAGUUCGUCUUGGCCUGCCCCUUAGGAGAAUUUCAGGCCUUGUAUAUAUGACUUAUUAGAAAUAAUUAAAUUAAAAAUUCAAUAAUACUGUAGACCCCUAUUUUAAUUUACCGCAGUAAAAUACGGUGGUAUUUCUCGAUCGGUCUAUAUAGAAACAAUUUGGAUGUUUUUAUGUAUUUUGUCUAAAUGUAUACAAGUGUGUAGGAUGAAAAAAUAAACUGUCGGAAAUUG